AUGGCUUAUUGCAAACCGAAAGAUCUUCCUAUUUAUUCAUUACUAACAACUGUUUGCAACAAAGUUGGUUGCAAAAAGAAUUACAGCAUCAAACCAAGAGUUGUUCUACCUGAACACUAUGUUAAAGAAGUUCGACCACCUUCUCGGAAAGGACAUCCAGUAAUUGUCGACUUUAGCAUUUAUGUAGUAGACAUAAAUUCAAUCAAUGUAGAAGACAUGGAUUUUCGCGUGGAUAUGUUUGUGAGGCAAAAUUGGCUUGAAUCUCGCCUUUCCAUUCCGGAUGAUAUAUUUGAAGAAGGAGAUGAUUAUGUAACACUUCCUCCGGAAUUCUUUGAUAACUUAUGGCAUCCGGAUCCUUACUUCCUCAAUUCCAAAGUGGCAGAAAUUGCCGCUCUGGAGCAUAAAUUCUCUUCAGUGACUCUUUACCGGAACAAAACCGUGCGAUAUGCAGCUCGCAUGCAUGCUAUAAUAGCGUGCCAGAUGGAGUUCCAGCUAUACCCCAUGGAUAUUCAAGAUUGCCCCAUAUAUAUAGAAAGCUUUUCUUAUCCAAAUCAGAAAGUGCGUUUGCGUUGGAGUAGGUCUGGUGUUACAGUAAAUCCAGAACUAAAACUUUUACAGUACAAUAUUGGCAGACCUUUGCAGUUGGAAGAGUCUAAUGCUUACAUGAGUGAAAAACAUGGAAAUUUCUCUCGUCUAGCUGUAUACUUUCGUUUCGAACGACAAAUAGGCCAUCAUUUAAUUCAGACAUUUGCACCAUCAUCUCUUGUGGUAAUGUUAAGUUGGUUCAGCUUCUGGUUGGGUCUGGACGCUAUUCCUGGACGUGUCACUUUACUAGUAACCUGCAUGUUGACAUUGGUUACUAUGUUUACAGGGUUGAGAGCCGAUAUACCUCCAGUUGCAUAUGUUAAAGCACUUGACCUAUGGAUGGCCGGUUGCAUGGUGUUCGUGUUCGCCGCUUUGGGCGAAUUCGUUGUGGUGAAGGUUCUCCAAGUGCAGUACCAAGUAAACCGCGGCGCGAUCAGCAAAGUACUUCCCAAUAUGCGAAUAAAUGCGAUGGAGAAAGGUCAGUGCAACACAGUAGCAACUUGGGAAGGUCCAAAUGCUGGUGUGCGAAGCCGGAAAACUCCGCCUGGGACAGCAGUUACACCACUUCCUUUGCAAAGCAGCGCUGCUUCCACGAAAAACAACUGUUCCACUAAUUCAAAUGCUACCCAAGGACCUCCGGUGCCUCACAGGGGUCCCACAAGGCGUCAGAGUAUGCUGAGCGUGGCUUGGACGGACACCGAUACCGGACUGGAGAAAGUGAUGUGGCGAGAGAUAGACAAAAUGUCCCGCAUAGUUUUCCCCGCAUUAUUCUUACUAUUCGUGAUCGUCUAUUGGCCUGUGCUUUUGCUGAAAACGGCAGCAUCGUGAGACAGGGGUCCCAGUGGCGUUCCGUCCUAUGAGGACGACUUUGAAAUGCCGGACGUCACUGCGGAUCAUCUUGUUGAAGACGUGGUUAAUGAUUCAGUAUGUAGGUAGCAAGGUUGGGUAAUAGAAAUAAUAAUUAUUUUUGAGAAUAAUU